GCGCCGUUUGGCGGGAAAUUGAGGAAAACGCGCACACUCCAUCCACCCGGCUCACUGUUGAUACCGAGCGCGGCCGCGCGCCCGUCUAAUCGAUACAACCCCGGCGAACCUCCUCCUAAAAACAACAUUCCCAACCUUAAUAAACACUCCAACAAUAUGCUGUGUAAUUAAAACCAUCGAGCGAUUUUUAAAACCCAGCUGAACAAGUGGAAUGUGAGAUGAAAGGUCAAACGGUAGCGGAGCAGUUUUCACAGGGAGAUUACCUCCACAUACAAAAUUACAUCGAGUAACAGUGUCGUUAUCAGCGUAAAUAAAACUCCUAAUAAAGAUGACAAGUAAAGUGAAAUUAUUGCGAAUGGAAGCGUGAAACGUUGGAUUAAAGAUGGCGGUGUGUUUGUGAACGGGUUUUCAAAAUGGCGUCGUAUUGAGUUGAACAAAAUGGCGGCGGCCGUGCCCGCGGCGUCGUGUGUCAACUUGGAGCAGCAUGGGUGCUCCACCAACGUGUUCAGCACGGAACAUGGCUGCAGCACCAAGAUGUUCGACUGCAUCGCGCAUCUGUGGGAAUGGUUUGACCCGCAAGAGCCCCAAUCACAAUUCUACAUGGAGAACAAGAAGGCAGCGCCGGCGACGCAGCAGCCGAUGACUCAGCAACACCUGAUGGCCCACCACGUGCACCCCGGGGAGCAGAUCUACUCCCACCAGCACCCACAGCUGGCACACAUCACUUCGCCCCAGCCAGGACAGAUCCCACCGAAUGGCGUCAUGCAUCAACUACUCCAAAGCCAGUAUCAUUCAAAUGUCGACGCUCGAUCUCCACUUCUAGAAAAUAGACAAGAACAAGUAUACGGCUCUGGCCACAAUCAUGAUUACAACCGGCACUACGGAGCAAACGAAAAUUAUAAUUACCCACAGUCACCGCCCAGACACGAUAGACAGGACCUCCACACAGAUCACAAUGUUAAUCAUGAACUAUUGCAAAAUAUGCCCAAAGGAUACAAUGCGGAAGUGUACCAGGAUUAUUUGAAACGUAACCCACCGAAAGAUACCAAUCAAAUAUACCAAAACCAUCAACCGAUGCAUAAACCUAACGCUAACCAAUACGGCUCUAAGCCCUACCUACCGUACUCUAAUAGAAUAGGACCACAAAGUAACACUGAGCUCUUACGGCGACAGUACAAUGAAAUUCAGCAAAUGAAACUUCAACAGCAGAUGCUGUAUCAAAAUCAAGCUCAAAUGCACCAACAGCAGAAAUUCGCCGAGAGACAGAUAUUACUACAACAAAUACACGGGGUCCAACCGCCGCCGAAUUUACAAAACAGCAUAUACUCUGAUGGAUCGUACCGAGAUUUAGAUCGUUAUAGUAGUAAAAACGACUUCAAGGACUACAGUCCCGCCGAUAUACAGAAAGAGGCUGAUAGAUACGCUAAGAACAAUGAAUUUAAAGAGGUUGAGAAGUACAGUAGGCAAAACCAACAGGAGCCUCAGUGGCAGUCGAACCAGCAGCCCGACUACAGAGAAACAGAGCGCUACAGGAGACAGUCUGAGAGUGACAAAGGGAAAAGCCAAUCGCCUCCUUCCGAUUUUUCGAGUCAACAGAUGAACAAUGUUGGCGUGAUAUCGCCCAUGAAGUCGAGUGAGUCCAGCAGUCCUAGUGUAAAGUCACCUUCGUCUGAGAGUCGCAGAAGCAGCGGAGGGAACCAGGCACUGAGGUCUCCAGUGGCUCACAGGAUACCUUCAGCGCCUGUCACCAUGUCUGGCAUCUUAUACAAACAGGGCUCUGACGGACUGAAGGUUUGGCGAAAGAGGUGGUUCGUUUUAUCGGAGUACUGCUUGUUCUAUUACAAAAGUCAAGGAGAGGAGAAGCUUCUUGGGUCAGUCUUGCUCCCCUCGUACCGUGUAUCAGCCUGUACGAUGGAGGACAAAGUGCUCCGGAAGUUUGCCUUCAAGUUGGAGCACGCGAACAUGAGAACCUACAUCCUGGCGGCUCCGGACCAGGAGUCGAUGCUGAAGUGGGUCAAGGCGAUGACGAUGGCGGCUCUAAUGCAGAACCCCGAAGAGCAAACUCAAAAACAAAACGACAGGGCAGCUGCAAAAAUGGAGGAUGACGAUGAAGUACCUGGGCCUACAUACGCGAAUGCCCCACCUAAACCACGGCGGUCAAAUGAAGGAUACAAUUCACCAAGUCCUGAUAUGUACGAUCCUAACUACGACCUACUCAAAAAGCCAGCAUCACACUACAGCCAGGGCACUACUCACACACGGCAAGACAACUCAACAUAUCAGACAAGACAAGACGUCGAGAGCAUGUACUCUCGAAACCAACCACCGCCGCAACCGCCGCAACAACAUCCUCCACAGCAGUAUCAAACCAAACGACCAUACGACACUCACAACCUAUCAUUGCCCCUAACCAACACAGUCACAGAACGACUAGAGAACAACCAACCCGGCACAUCAGCUAUGUACAGAAGUAACCCUCAGUCACCUUACUUUGAUAAUAGGAGCCGAAGCCAAUCGCAACAAAGACCGGAAAACCCCCAGGAACAAACAUACGACCGACAAGCACGCACGGCCAAUCCAUUUUUACAAGACACUACUCCACAAGAGACGGCCAAUGAAAACGAUAUUCAGAUGCGAAAUUACAUGGCUGCUCUGGAAGCUGAAAGAAAAUCGGUUCAAAACGAAAUGGCAAAUGAUUCGCAAAUGAAUUCCGGAAAUGCGAUGUAUAAUAGGGAAAUCUAUGGCGAUGUCAACGCUCGGCCUAAUAAAACUGGGAAUCCUUCUUUGAACGAAAGGUUGUUGAUUGAAAGGCGUACACCAGAUGCCUACGGGAGAUCUACUGCAAUGUCGUCGUAUAACAGAAGUAAAGUUGGCGAUUAUGAGGAUGUUUACGCUUAUGGAACGGAAAACGAAUAUGGAAGAGCAUAUUCCAAACCAACCAGUCCUCCGCAAUCGCAAGCCAGAGACGGUCAACAACAAGAACCUGCUAAUAUUAAUGUAUAUACGCAGGAGAAAACAUUCAGCGGGCCUUCUGUUCUGAGAAGAAAAAAGAUGCAAUCAAGUGGGAUAACUCCCCCAGUCCCGCGUCCGCACAGCGCUGACUUUCUGGAGUAUGAAUCUAAGAACGAUAUGCUGAACAAAACAAUGCCAUCGCGGUCUAUGAACGAUCCUCCGAAGCAACCGCAGAGACCUAAAUCCAGCCUUGAUAUUAACUCGUUCUAUGAUCCUAGUUCGGACCGGUAUUAUUCCGAAGAAAGUUAUGCGGAAAAAAUGCGUCAAUCAGCCUUGUAUCUUCAGCAACAGCAAGGACGAAGCACUACAAAUAUUCCAGCAGCCAACAGUGCUCUGAGCCCUCUUUCUAGCUACGCCAGUGGUCUUGCUAAGAAACAACUACACUCUCCGUACUCCCCAAACGUGAAUAAUAACUACGAAACAGAAUUCAUUACUAGAACCAAUCGGGACAACAUAAGCUACACAUCCAAGUACAGUGAUCUUGAAGGGAUGAUAAAUUCUAACUGGACAUUGAAAGAGAAGGAGAUGAGUCAAAAGGACUUUAUUAAUAGAAGUGGCAGUGUAAUGAGUGAUGGUUCCAAUAUGAGCGUGUAUGCUAAGGAAGCUGCUCGGUAUGAUCCAUCGGCUGAAGGGUUCAUGAGAUCAGCCAGCGCUCGGUUGCCAUCGACAAAUGGCGAGAAGGAUGGGGAAAAGAAAGUGCAACAGCGUGAGGAGUCAAUGAAACGGCUAUUAGAAUGGAAACAGAGGAUGUUACAAUCACCGCUGACAAGGAAAAGCACUCCAGCUACCAUAUCUUUAGCCAGAUCUUUGAAUCAGAGUCGACAGUCUUUGCGGGCUGACCAGUUCAAGCCGAAAACAUACCAAAAUGCUUCCUACAAUAGCUACUCUUCUGAUGAUGAAGAGGAAACGGCGGGCACUGAACUGCAAAAACCGAAAGAAAUGCAGGCAGGAAGGUCCCUAAGAGAAAAUCUAACAAGUCCUAACCCAAUGCGACCUGUUUCCCCGCACGCGCCCUCCGACCAAAAUAAACAACAAGUAGCAUGUGACACAGUCGACGAUUCUAAUACUAGCAAAAAUAAAGUGAUAGAUCCUUCAAUGAACACUUAUGAAAAUAUGUGUAUUAUCCCCACUGUAAAUAAAGAAGAAAAAAAUGAAGAAGAAACCUUAGUUGAAAAUGAUUACGAAAACCCUUACUCGAAUAUAGAUGAUUUUGAAGGUGAUAAAGUUAAAAAUAAUGAUGUUGAUGAAGAUGGCUACGAAACAAAUGACAGUGAAGCUGAGUCUGAAACUCAAAUGGAGUAUACUGAUAAUGAUUUAGAUGAAGUGCUUCUUGAAACUGAAAAACAAACUAAAUUAUCAAAUAAAGAAUCUGAGACAUGUAAAAAGGAAAGUGAUGUUGUUGAAACACCUAAAAUAGCUGAAGAAACUGAACCAUCUACUCCUCCGGUAAAUUCGGCUGAAGAUCAUUAUUUGCCUAUGAGCCCUAGAAAAAAAUCUACAGUAGAACCAGCUCACAAAACUAUUUUAGAGAACUUAAGUGUGUUUGAUCAUUCAAUGUCUCAUGGUUUUGAAGAUAAUCCUUACGUCUUAAUGAAUGUCGGUAUGGAUGAAGAUGAUUUGCAGACUUACGAAACGGUCUGUGUUAACAACGGAAAAGUAGAACCAGUUUAUAUGGAGUUAACUAAUGAUUCAGCUACAAACGCAAGCACUGAAAUUAGUCCCGUUUCGACGAUAAAAUCAGUAUCUGAGGCUGUAGCUAACUUUGCGGAUACUAAAUCUCAUACUUUGAAAAGAAAGGGCGACAAAACGACUAAAGAGUCCUCAUCCCCUACGGUGUUUAAAUCUGAUCAACACAUUCAUAGAUUAAAUUCUAGGUCUGACUGCUCCGACGCUGAUGAUGAGGGAUCAAAAGAAAUAUCUCUAGAUACACCAUUUAAUAGAAUGAGUAUUUCUGACACGUUUAGACCAGCCUCAUACUAUCUGGGUGGGAGCAGAAAUCUCCUAGAUAUUCCAGAUAGCUCCGAUAGUGAAAUAUUUUCUCCACCUGCUCCCAGUCCACCCCUGUGUGAAGAACUUUCAGAUGAAGCCCUAUCAAAAUACGUUCUCGACAAAUUAGACCAAUCCAAUAUGUCACAGGAUAAUUCCAUAUUAAAAAUGUUAACAAGCGAAAACCAAAAAAUGAAUACGGUGAAAAGAAAAACAACAUCUCUUAUGAUUUACGGGAGCAAAACAUCCAUCCACGAUACUUUGUCUCGUGGCGAAAAAAUACGCAAUAGUAGAGCAAGCCUUAAUGAGAAAAAUAAGGCAAGCGAAGCGUCAACAUCAAAUCUACUGUGCAAUUCUAUUCUUGAACAUUACAAUUCUAGUCGUAGUAUUGAGACUGAUUCUCUUAGAAGUUAUAAUGCUGAUAGGGGCUCCUCGAGGCUAUCCUUGGAAUCAGAUAUCAGCAGCAAGUUUGAUAUGCAGCCCUCUAAUUAUUCUUCAGAGGUUACUAGUCUUAACGAAAGUGAGUCAGCAUUAGAGCUGCGCCAUCUGAGUGGAUAUCGUGACAUAGAAACAAUAAUGAAAAGACGGCCUGUUUCCGACGACUCUUUUUUUGACUUACCACCAGAAAUGCCUGAAGGAAAUGAAGCAACAGCAAAUGUAGAUUUAGAUAGCUACCUGGGGAACUUGGAACAGGAACAAAGCCAAAGCAAAAGCAGCACUCAUUGCCAUUCAGGAAACUUAUCAUACAAUAGUUCUAUUGCAGAUGAAAAUGUUUUUUACAAAGAUAACGUAUCCAAAGCUGCGCAUUUAGGGUGUCCCACUCAUGUGCGAUGCUCGAGUACACCAGUUGCCCAGACUAGCAGAACAAACACUACCGAUAUUCGCAAGAAAAUUACGUACAAAAAUAUAUCUGAUCAACAAUCUGGAUACACGGGUUCACAAAGCUCAUGUAGCUCUGCCGGGAAAUCACCGAUGUCUUAUUACUGUAAAAGCUAUGAUGAAGAACAAUUGCUAAGUAAAAACUUAAAUGUAGCUGACAAAAUCAAGAAAGUCGAGAGAGAAAAAAUACAAUUAAAAUCUGGAACCGACCCAAAUGUCUCGUCUCCUAUCACCAGUUUCCACAGUAGAGAAAGUUCUACUGAGCACAGUGCACCUUACUAUUAUUCAGAUCUAUCUUCGCAGGAGCACAUUAACAUAUUACCAACAUCACAUUUCCUUAAAAACACUAACAUUCACCGCAAAUUAAAUAAUCAAAGGCGUAGAGGACCUCUGCAUAAGAAAAACGAAAUAUCUCACAUACACAAUCCCAUUCAUAGUAACAGGGUACUUAUGACGGAACAACCUUUCGAGUUAGCAGCUGCUGCUAGGAGUAUUUCCGUAGAAUUUUUGAGCGCAGCUGAUAAGGAUCCUGAAAUAGACAUGAAGAAUAUUUACGAGUCGACUAGUGGCCGGAUAUCUAAGAUACCAGAGACCAUGGGGCUCCUAAGUUAUGCUUGCAAACAUAGUUCCAACAACGAAAGCUCUUCAUCUGAAUCAUGUAAUAGAAAUGUUAUAGCACAAGCAAGCAACUCAGUCAAGGCAAGCUCUACAAGCAUAUCGUCACCAUGCAGCGAAAAUUCAUCUAAUACUGUUUACUACGAUGCUGAAGCAGAUGCAUGCGCGUAUGAAAACUUAUUGUGCCAAGCAGAUAAACUCUGGGAUGAAGAUGCAGUUUGGAGGGAUAACCUAAGAAGAGUGUCUCAUAGACACGCGCGAUCUAUGGAUGACCUUGAUGCUUUGCCGGCGGAAACAACACCAACCCGUCGUAUAAGUGUGGAUACCUGUGCCAUGAAUAGCAUUAAAAGAAUAAAGAAAGAUAAGAAAAUAACAAGAAACGUUACGUAUGUUAACACAGACAUUCAAGAUCAGGUUUUGAGGAGAUUGGAGAAUAACCCCAACUAUCGGAUAGUCUCUGAUAAGGAAGAUAAAGUUGAGGAUGACGACGUUUACGUAAGUCUAGUGGAGAAUACUGAGGUGGUGCAAUCAGACGAGGGUGUUUACGAGCAGCUAGCAGUUGAUUCUUCGGACAAUUCACUAGUCAUCCCUAGUGCACAGAACUAUAGCACAGAAGAGAGGAGAAGACGAAAGUUUGAGAUUGAUAGGGAGAAGCUUAGGCAGUGGGAUUUGAUGUCGAGUGGUCUUAUGAAGGGUGGGAUGGGCGUGCGGGGUGCGGGCGCGAUGGUUGAGGCUCUCUGUAGCACGGACAGUGGGGCCGACACCGCAAGCAUUGAAGGUAUCCUAUAACAAACGGUCCCGUAAGGUACUUACAACCUUCAAUGACAAUGACCGGCGCGAAUCAGGAACAGAACACAAAUAACAUAGCAAACCAACAAGCAUUGUCAAAGAAAGCUUUCCUCGGAAGCAACACAUCAAUCGGACGAACCAACAGGGAUUCCAAUAUACCAGUGCGGGC